CAUAAAUGUCAAGUCAUGUUUAUAUUUUAUUUGCAUAUUUAUUGUGUGUUUAUAAUUAUUUGAUUGUUAAUGCGGACCCGGAACAAAGUUUGUGUUCCGCCGGACAUUUUUUGCUGGUACACGAGUGAGAAGCAUGUGGAGAGAAGUGAAGGUACAAGCAGGCAAGAAAGUGAAGGUUAAGCAUUUAUUUUGGGAUUUUGAUGAUUCGUAACCAUUCCCUCUGGGGUGUGCAGCCAGCGAGUUCGACGGUGGAUUUGUUCGGACGUAAGGAGCAACAAGUGCUCAGAAGGAAAGAAUAAAUUCAUCUGUGAUGAUAAAGAACUGCUUCGUUGCCUCAUUGGAGGGAGUGAUAGUCGAACUCGGUCUGCAACAAGCCGAAGCGGACCUGCAAGACUCCUGACGCGUCGUCGACAAGCAUCUCAGAUAAGCUGUUAUAAACGUUAAGGACAAGGACCGAAAUCUAAGUUACCUUUGGACAUUUAAGAGUAAUCGUGAUAUUAGUGUUUUGAAGUUCAGUGUUGUUAUUGAAGGGUCGGUCAAUUAAGUUCAAUUAAGUGCCACAACUUGUUACCUUUUGUAUGGUUUGUGAAUUUGUGUCGUUUACCUUAUGCAAAGGAAAUAUGUAGAACCAUAACUUGCUAAUUCUUCGCGGUUGUUUUAACAGUGCUAAUUUAAUCCUGGUAAAUUCUAUUUUGACUGUUACGUAGUUUCUAAGAUGUCUCAGGCAAGCAAAGACACUGAGAGUGCAUUAGCUGGUUUAGAGCAAGAGGUAGACCAGUCAGAUGUUCCUCAACCAACAACAAUAUCUAAAGAGCCUCGAAGGAGUGAAAGAGCUCGAACAUUAACUGAAAAGGGAAAAGAACUUCAGAAGGAAAAGCUAGAAGUUCUUCUGCUACGCUUUGACAGUAUUUAUGAAAGAUGGAGAGCUCUGACCAAGGUUGCUAAGAAAUCUGAAAUGAGUCAAGAUCCCAGUGAAAUUCUACAGGAACACAUUAGCAGCGUUCAGAAAGAGGCAUCAGAGCUGAACAAUAUUUAUGAUGACUACAGAAGAAUUGAUAGUCCAGCUCAUGACAUGCGUCGUAAGAUGGACAACUGUACAUCAAUUACUGAAGUAGUGGUUCAGAACGCUCAGUUGCAAAUUCAAGGAAGAGAAGAGCAGAUUAUUUGGCCUAAUGCAAAGUCAGUAUUUGCAUCUUCCAUUUCCAGUGUUUCACCACCUGCUUCAAGUCGUUCUAAGAUUAAUUCUUUGCGCUCUGAUACAUCUUCAGUCAAAAGACAAGAAGCUGCUGCUGAGUAUGCAGCCACACAAGCUGUCUUAAAGAUUAUGGCUGAGCAAGAGUCAUAUCAAGAAAAACUACAAAAGCUUGAGGUUGAAGAGAAGUUGAUCAUUGCAGAACAAGAAGCAGCUGCAUUAGCUUGUCAUCUGCAAGCGGAAAAGGAAGAAACAGAGCGUAGAAUAGAAAGGGAGAAACGAAAAUCCGCUCUCCAAAGGAAACAACAAGAGGAGAACGCCGCAAGAAGGAGGUCAGUAGAAAACUUAAAAAGAGAACUUGAGCGUUUGGAGGAAUUGAAAAGGCUGAAUGCAGCCAAGGCAAAACUUCAGGUUUAUGAUGAACACGAGAAUGAUCAGGUUAAGGGUUUUGCAGCAAAUAGCGCAGAACUUCCUAUUGUCAUGCAGACUGUCAGUCAGAUUAAGCAAGAACCACAACCACCAAGAGUUGUGUUCUCUAAUAGUAGUCCAACACAAAAUGAAACAGGAGCACUUGUGAAGGUUUUGGCUGAGGCUAUGUCAGCAAACAGGCUCCCCAUUCCAGAACCUACCGUCUUUUGUGGAGAUCCACUUAGGUUUGUUCAUUGGAAGGCAUCUUUCAAGACUCUGAUUGAGCAGAAAAACAUUCCAACCUCAGAGAAGAUCUUCUUCCUUCAGAGAUAUGUUGGAGGAGCAGCACGAGAGGCUUUGGAAGGUUACUUUCUAAUUGGUUCAGAAGAGUCAUAUGAAGCAGCUUGGAAGUUGCUCAGUGAACGAUAUGGACAUCCAUUUGUAAUUGCAAAGGCUUUCAGAGACAAAUUAUAUUCCUGGCCAAAGGUAGCUGCAAAGGAAAGUGCUGAGUUUAGGAAAUUUGUGGACUUCUUGCGCAGUUGUGAAUGUGCUAUGGCUCACAAUGAAAGUCUAAAUGUCCUUGAUGAUGGACUUGAGAACCAGAAGCUGGCAGCUAAAUUACCCGACUGGUUAAGCACCAGAUGGAACAGAAAGGCCACAGAAUAUCAACUGGAGCAUGGGAGAUUCCCGAAGUUCAGUUAUUUUGUGACAUUCCUUUCAUUAGAGGCCAGUAUUGCUUGCAAUCCUAUUACAUCUUAUCAAGCAUUACGGCAGACUGAAUCUGAUAAGGUGAGGAUUAAAAAUCAGACAUUAGUAACUCCUAAAACCCAGACCAUAGGUUCCAAAAUAUUCACAACCAAUACCAGUGAGAGAAACAGAGUCACCUGUCUGUUCUGUGAGAAAGUAGGGCAUGGUGUACAAAAGUGUUUCAAAUUACUGGACAAGGCAGUUGCUGACAGAGUCAAAUUCAUUCGAAGUGAAAAUCUAUGCUUCGGCUGUUUGAGCAUUGGCCAUCAGUCUAAGAAAUGUACCAAUCGGAUGGUCUGUGAAGUCUGCUCAAAACGUCACCCCACGUGUUUACACGAAGAUCGCUCAAACCGUGAACAAGGAGCAAAGAGAGAACAAUUCAAAGGAAGAGUUAGCACUAAAGAAUCAGCACAACCAAGUGUCAGUAACGAAAGCACGUCCAACAGAGUUGUACAAGAUGGUAAAAGUGUACAGACUUCAGCCAUAGUCCCGGUGUAUGUGUCUUCACCAAAGGAUCCAAACAAGGAAGUUCUUGUUUAUGCUCUGUUAGAUUCACAGUGAUUCUUCAUUUAUUCUUGAGGAAGUAGCAGAUGUUCUAAACAUGGACACAGAACAAGUCAGACUGAAAUUGUCUACAAUGUCAUUUAAAGGGACAAUUGUAGUUUGUAAAAGACUCAAUGGUCUACAGAUAAGAGGACUAGACUCCUCUAAGAAAGUUACAGUGCCAACAGCUUAUACUCGGGAGUUCAUUCCUGCCAAUCGGACUCAUAUUCCAACUCCAGAGACAGCUCAGGCAUGGCCGCACUUGGAACAUCUUGCAGCACACAUGGCUCCACAGAAGGACUGUGCAAUUGGUCUCCUAAUAGGUUAUAAUUGCCCACAAGCAUUAUUACCUAGAGAAGUUGUAUGUGGAGAAGAAAACCAACCUUUUGCACAGAAGACUGACCUAGGUUGGAGCAUAGUGAGCUAUGUUGCGCCGUUCGAGCACCAUGGUGAUGAUAUUGGAAUAAGUCAUCGCAUCAUUGUAAAGAGAGUGAUGCCAGAAUCCACACCUACAGCUAAACUUAAGAGUGAAGUUCACUAUGUGUGUAAGACUCAAAUCAAGGAAUUGACCACUCCAGACAAUGUAAUUAAGAUCCUAGAAUCUGAUUUCAGUGAAAGAGAUGUGGAGGAAGCAAUACUUUCUCAGGAAGAUUUCCACUUCUUGACCAAGCUGAAGGAGGGAAUCAUGCAGAAACAUGAUGGUCAUUAUGAAAUGCCCCUGCCUUUCAAACAAGACAGACCAAACCUGCCUAGCAAUAAAGCAUGUGCUGUUCAUCGGUUGUCAUGCUUAAAGCGCAGAUUCAAGAGAGACCAGAAAUAUCACACAGACUAUAAGAACUUCAUGAAAGAUCUCAUAGCUCGUGGUGAGGCAGAAAAGAUCACAGACGAGGAAUUGAACAACGAACCAGCCUGGUAUAUACCUCAUCAUGGUGUAUACCACCCUCAAAAGCCAGGGAAGAUACGAGUAGUCUUUGAUUGCUCUGCAAGGUUUCAAGACACUUCCCUGAAUGACCAUCUUCUUACAGGUCCAGAUCUUACAAACAACUUGGUGGGAGUUCUUUGUAGGUUUCGUGAGGGACCCAUAGCUGUCAUGUGUGACGUCGAACGCAUGUUUCAUCAGUUUCAUGUUAAGACUGAAGACCAGGACUACUUAAGGUUCUUAUGGUGGGAGGAUGAUGAUCUGGAAUCUUCACCAUCAGUGUUUCGAAUGAAGGUACAUCUGUUCGGGGCAGCCUCCUCACCUGGGUGUGCUAACUUUGGGUUGAAGCAUUUAGCUAGUCAGUGUCAGGAUCAGUUCAGUGAAAGCACUGUUAAAUUCAUUCAGAGAAGUUUUUAUGUGGAUGAUGGAUUAGUGAGUGUUAUGUCGGAUGCUGAGGCAAUCCAACUCAUUAAGGAAGCCAGAGAGCUCUGCAAAACAGGGAAGCUUAGACUGCAUAAGUUUGUUUCCAACAGCAAGCCUGUUUUGAAAUCAGUACCAGAGGAAGAGUGUGCUGAUAGUGUCAAAACCCUGGACAUGGCUUUGGGAGAGCCUCUCUGUGAGAGAGCUCUUGGUGUUCAGUGGUGCAUAUCUUCCGAGGACCUUUAGUUCAGAAUUACUGUCAAGGAACACCCACUGACCAGAAGAGGAGUACUGUCUACAGUAGCUUCCGUCUAUGACCCGUUAGGAUUCUUAGCUCCGUUUGUCCUAAGAGGAAAGCAAAUUCUACAGAAACUGUGCAGAGAGAAGGUUGGUUGGGAUGAGUCCCUCCCAGAAGAACUCAGAACACAGUGGACAUCCUGGCUAGAAGAUCUUCAGAAUUUGUCUAAAGUGAAGAUCAAAAGACCUUACCUACCAGUAAGCUUCUAUGAGGUUAAGCAAUAUCAGCUUCAUCAUUUUUCAGAUGCGAGUGUCACAGGUUAUGGAGAGUGUACGUACCUUAGAGCAGUUAAUGCUGAUGGAGAAGUCCAUUGCUCUUUUGUUAUGGGAAAGGCACGCGUUGCUCCUACUAAGGUAACCACGGUACCACGUCUUGAGCUAUCUGCAGCAGUAGUAGCAGCAAGGACAAGUGUUCUCAGAGAAGAACUUGAACUGAAGGAUCUUCAAGAACAUUUUUGGACUGACUCAAAGGUAGUUCUUGGAUACCUAAAUAAUGAUGCAAGACGUUUUCAUGUGUUUGUGGCAAAUAGAGUCCAAAGAAUUAGGUCAAUUACAGAACCCCAACAGUGGCAUUAUGUGCAGUCUGCAGAUAAUCCUGCAGAUCAUGCAUCCAGAGGACUAACGGCAGAUGAGCUUGUUGCUUCAAACUGGCUCACUGGCCCAGAUUUCUUGUGGGAAAGGGAGCUACCCACAAGUGAAGUGAAAGUGGAAGAAGUCAGUGACAAUGAUCCAGAACUCCGAAAGGUGCAGGUGCUCAAAACCAGUGCAAAGGAAGACAGGACAUUGUUAGAUCGUCUGACAAAGUUUUCUGACUGGAAAAGAGCCAUUAAAGGUAUUGCUAGUCUUAAGCGCUUAGCUCAACAGAUUAAAGGACUGAAACCUAAGCUAAAUGAAGCCACAAAUGUUGAAGAAAGACAAGAAGCAGAACGCUUCAUUAUAAAACUAGUCCAAAGAGAAAGGUUCAGCAGUGAAAUCAAGGAUUUAGGGCAAGGCAAGGAAAUAAGAUCUAAGGACAAGGUCAAAAGGUUACACAAGUUAGAUCCAUUUGUAGACGAGCAUGGUGUGCUCAGAGUAGGGGGACGUUUGACAAGAGCUAGCCUUCAUCCACAUGUCAAACAUCCUGUAAUUUUGCCGAAGGAAUGUCAUGUGUCUGCUUUGCUUAUCAAGCAUUACCAUAAGCAAGUACAGCAUCAGGGAAGAGACAUGACUGUGAACGAACUGCGAUCUAAUGGCAUAUGGAUCUUAGGGUGCAGUAGUGCUGUUGCUUCACAUAUUUACAAGUGUACAAGGUGCAGGAAGUACAGACGGACUGCACAGGAACCUAAGAUGGCAGAUUUGCCUGAAGAAAGAGUGGAAAUGACACCUCCAUUCACAUACUGUGGCAUGGAUUGCUUUGGUCCAUUCUAUGUGAAGGAAGGAAGGAAAGAACUAAAAAGGUAUGGUCUUCUCUUUACAUGCAUGUGCUCAAGAGCCAUACAUAUUGAGAUGUUGGAUGAUCUUACAACAGACGCUUUCAUCAACGCGUUGCGUGCAUUCAUCGCAGUACGUGGAAACGUAAGACAGUUGAGGAGUGAUCAAGGCACUAACUUUGUGGGUGCACAAAGGGAGUUCAUGAAUGCAAUGAAGGACCUAAAUCAUGAACAACUCAAAGAGUAUGGAUGUGAGUUCGUCACAAACUUUCCAUCGUCCAGUCAUAUGGGAGGUGUAUGGGAGAGACAGAUCCGAACAAUCAGAAGUGUUCUAACUGCAAUUCUAGAUCAAUCAGCUAAAAGACUUGACUGUGCAUCGCUUAGAACUUUUCUGUAUGAAGUGAUGGCUAUUAUAAAUAGCAGACCUCUGACAACAGAGCAUUUAAACGAUCCAACAAGCUUGGAACCUCUCACUCCCAAUCAUAUGCUUUUGAUGAAGUCUGGAAUAAUAUUGCCUCCUCCUGGCCAGUUUGUGAGUCAGGACCUGUACUUGCGUAAAAGGUGGCGCCAGGUGCAGUUCCUGGCAAAUGAGUUCUGGACUAGGUGGAAGAACGAGUACCUUCUUAAUCUUCAGCAGAGGCAAAUAUGGCAAAGAGACAGAAGAAACAUUAAGGUUAAUGACAUUGUCAUCCUCAAAGAGGAUAAUUCUCCAAGAAAUCAGUGGAAGCUGGCAAAGGUGGCAGAAGUGUAUCCUAGCAAGGACGGAAAGGUUAGGAAAGUUAAACUUCUGAUCAGUGACUCAUCUUUAGAUAGUAAAGGAAGACGUAUUUCAAAGCCAGUUUAUUUAGAUAGACCGGUGCACAAGAUUGUUCUACUGCUUGAAGCAGAGUAAAGGUUAUACCUUAUUUUUAGGUAUAUGCUAUGCCUGUAUGAUCUUCAAGAGUUAAGUGAAAGUUCGAUUGUUCAGUGAAAUCCCAAACAUUGUGAUUUGGUGGGAGUUUAACUGACAUAAAUGUCAAGUCAUGUUUA